GGGCGUUAAACCGAGUUAAGGAGGAAACACCUCUGGGAUCGUCAAUUGCUUAUGCCGUCUCCGACUCGUGACUCAUUGAGCCAUCCUGAGUUUAACCGAGUCCCCGAUCUAUGCGGAUUCAUUAACCGAUUCAACGUCGAGCGACUCGUUCCUACAUCAGUUGUACUCUCUGCACAUGUAUGGCGGAGCUGGGCGAGAUCACUGAACUUGCCAUCGAACCAGAUCCUUAAGCUUUUGUUUAGCAUCAACAUUAGAGACCGAGUCAAACUGAGUCUACCCAGUGGAUUCUACGGGAACGCAUUCGUCGUCGGAUGUGCUCAAACCACCGUGAAAGACUUGACGGAGAGAGGAUUAAACUACGCGACGAUGCUCGUGAGACAAGCUAAGGAACGAGUCGGCGACGAUUACGUAAAAUCGGUGGUUGAAGCUGUGAGCAAUGAGAUAGCGAGUCCCGACUCGGUUGGAGACUUGGAUUCAUUAACUUGAUUGUCAAUAGUUUCUCAGGGUAUGGAUCUCGAUUAAUGAUCUGAUUUUGUUUAGGAACUCUUGUUUUGUCAAUGAAUUUGAGAUCGAUGAGUUUGUUGUUUCGUUUAGCUUUUUAACCGCCAUGGUUACGUUUGGAAGCUUUGCUUUGUAGAUUUUCAUGUGUCAUCCGGUUCCGAUUAUGUGUUUUGGAUCAAAUUUUCCUAUUGUUUUGAUGAUUUCUUAGUAUCGGACUUUGCCGUUGAAGCUGAAGAUUGAUAGUGUUUCUCCUCCGGAUUCCAAAUCUAUGUGCUCUUUUCGAUUUGUCUGGUUCUUUUACGGAAACACAUGAAGACUUCGUCGUAGACGAAGAAUUUAGAUCGCUAUGAUGAUUGGAACUAGUGUGUUGAUGAUUAAGUUUCGAUAUUUGUUUGAUUUCUUCUUACAUGUGAUCGAACAUGGCUUCAAGAUCUUGUUAAUAUUAAAUGGUCAAAUCCCUUUGGGGUAAUGUGGUAUAUAUGGUUGUUUGAAUCUAUCUUGUAAUGGAUAUGAACAAAUGGAUGGCUAAAUGAAUUGGAGUCAAUUUU